GUUUGCAGUAUGUCAAAUAGCAGUGUUGGACUCUUUGAGAUUUAAAUAAUGUAAAGGAGACCUUUAGUAUACAAAAAUAAUCAGGAUUGUUAGUAACAACUGUCAUCGCAUUCUUUGUUCUGCUAAUUUUUCUGUUCGUAUCUUUUCAAGGAGCAGAAGCCAUUGAAAUUUUGAGUCUUUUCUGUAUGUUCUAACUUAUGAACCCUCUUUCAUUUUUUCAAUUUAUUUGUGUUAAAUUAUAAUUAAAAAUUAUUAAAAUGAUAUUUAUAUUAAAUUAUAAUAUAUAUUAAAAACUAUGCUGUAUUAAACAAUAAUUACAAUUAUCUUAUAUUAGAAAUCAAAUUAUUAGGAAAAAAAUCGUAAUAGAUGUAUACUAAAUAAUAUCUAUAUAUAUAUUAAAAUUAUGUUAUAUUAAGUAAUAAUUAAAUUUAUAUAUAUUAAAAAAAUAGAGAUUCUUCAAAAGGAAAAUAAAUAUGAAGGGGGUUAAAGGAGCAAUUAUUCUUUUGUUGGGGUUCCAGUCUAUGCGCUGGACCUCUAACUUCCAGUUAAAACUUGAGAUGGCAGUGAGAUUGAAAGUAACACCCCAGUGGAGGUGUUCUAAACACAUCCACAACUUUCUACUCCUCUUUUGUCUUAGCAAAUUCAAGAAAACUCAGGAAGGCUUUACAUUCAAGUUUGAGUUUGUGGGAAAGGGUUCACAGUCGCAAGAUACAUCUGAAUUGAUAAUCAAUGGAGAAAGAAAGGUGAAGACGGAAGAAUUGCAUUUCAAAGUCAAGGCGAAGGAUGUAGAGCCAAAUCAUGAGAAGGAAGAAUUGCAUUUUAAAUUGACUGCGACUCUUUUAGUCUCGAAGUGCUGCUUUAACUUGGGCCACCAGCCUCGAAAGUCAGUGCCAUCAAACCGGGGGCACUCCAGCUUGUGGGAUCGUGAAACAAUAUCCAUCCAUACUACCUUGGCGCUGAGGAGGUCAAAAUUCCAAUCUCACUCGAUGAGGGGUUGGCAAUGACUCCCUAGGGGGAAAACAUGGUGGAGGCCCUUCCAAUACGCCUUUUCCUUUGUCUAUUGAUGGUCCAGCUCCUGAAGAACCAGUCAACUUUCCCAAGUACUAUUCAAACAACUCCUAAAGGUCUGACUUGAACUCACCCCUCAAAUCCUCCUAAAAACCCUUGAAUCGUUCCUCCAAAUGAGUAUCCCACCGGGAGACCUUAGUUUGCAAUUUGGUCAUCUCCUACUGAAGAUAGGUCACCUCCUUUUGCAAGCGAGUGGAAAUCCCUUCACCGGCUAUGAGAACCGCCAAGCUCUGAUACCUUUGUUAAGGAUGAAUUCCAAAAAUAAAAAAGAAAAUGAGAAAGAAGAAGGCAGAGAAUGAGGAGGAAGAAAAAAGAAGCAAUUUUCAUUCCAUAAUUGUUUGCAUAACCAUUCCCUUCCCUCUGCUGAUAAACACGAGGGAGGGAGGAGAGAGAGAGAGUUUGAUUUUCAGUUAGAGGCCGUUAUGGCCAACUGGAGGUAUGAAACACGCCGUCUCAUUAAACGGUUAUAACA